AUGGCAUCCAUCGAGCCGCAGACGGACCGCCAUGCAGAGGCUGGCACCGACUACGAGAAGAACAUUGCCUUCGACAAGGGCCUCAGAGAGGUCAGCCAUGAGAACAAGGAGGAGUCUGACGCCGAGAGCGAGAAUUUCCAGGGUGGUGUUCAGCGUGUCAGAGCCAUCACCUCUGUCUGGACAAAGAAGACCAUGAUUCUCAUGUUCUGCCUGCUCUACCUCGUCUCCUUCGCCGAUUUGCUUCUGCAGUCCGUUCAGGGCAGUCUGAAUGCCUUCGUCACAUCCUCCUUUGGAAAGCACGGUCUUCUGGCCAUCGUCAGCAUUUUCGCUACCAUCCUGUCAGGAUGCUGCCAGCUUGUCAUCGCCAAGAUUAUCGAUAUCUGGGGUCGUUCCGAGGGUUUCGCCAUCAUGAUCCUGUGCUCUGUCGUCGGUAUGAUCAUGAAGGCAACCUGCAAGAACAUGGAGACCUACGUUGCCGCCCACACCAUCUACUACGUUGGCCACUAUGGUAUGGUGUUCGUCAUUGACAUCAUGAUCGCUGAUAUGACGUCCCUGCAAAACCGUAUGAUCAUGGUCGGUAUCAAUGGAACUCCCUCCAUUGCCGUCACCUUCGCCGGUCCCAAGAUUGCCGACCUCUUCUACGACAACCUCAACUUCCGCUGGGCCUUUGGCGCCUUCGCCAUCAUCCUUGCUGGCGUCUGCAUUCCCGCCCUGACAAUUAUGCUGCUCAUGCAGCGCAAGGCUGAGAAAGCUGGUUUCUUGGCCAAGGCCAAGUCCAACGAGCGUACCUACCUCCAGGGCUUCAUUUACUACUUGGUUCAGUUCGACAUCAUGGCCAUCGUUCUCAUCAUCGGCAUGUUCUCCAUGAUCAUGCUGCCCUUCAGCAUCAUCUCCUACGCCCCGAACGGCUGGAAGACCCCCUACAUCAUCGCCAUGGAGGUUGUCGGAGUUGUUCUUAUCCCGAUCAUCUACAUCUGGGAGAAGUACUGCGCCCCUGUCAGCUUCAUCGACUACAAGUACCUUAAGGAGCCGACUCUGAUUGGAGCUUUCCUUCUCUAUGGCAUCAUGUUCAUUUCCAUCUUCACUUGGGAUACCUACUACCAGUCUUAUCUCCUGGUUGUUCACAGACAGAACAUUACCUACGCCGGAUACAUCCUGAACGCCUUCUCCCUGACCUCGUCUUUCUUCGGUCCCCUUUUCGGAGUGAUCAUCAGAUGGUCCGGUGACUACAAGUACACCGCGCUCGCCGGUGUCCCCUUCAUGCUCCUGGGUACCGCUCUCCUGAUUCCCUUCCGAAAGCCCAGCACACCCGUCGGAGCCCUUGUCGUAAUGCAGAUGCUCAACGGUAUCGGCACCGGUCUCUUCGCCGCCUGCGGUCAGAUCGCCGUCAUGGCCAUCGUCACCCACCAGGAGAUUGCGUCCGCCCUGGCCAUCUACAAUCUCUUUGGUAGCAUCGGUUCGUCCAUCGGUUUCGCCAUCGCCGGUGGUCUGUGGAACAACAUCUUCCCCGAAGACCUGUACAGGAACCUCCCCGAGGACGCCAAGAACAGAACCGCCGAGAUCUUUGGCUCCGUCGACGUCCAAAUGUCCUUUGCGGACGGCGACCCCAUCCGCGACGCCAUCGUUGCCGCCUACGCCGAUGUGCAGCACAAGAUGGUCAUUGCCGGUUCUUGCUUGGUUCCUCUCUGCCUCGCCUCUAUCCUCCUCUGGAAGCACAUCAACAUCAAGAAGCUCGAGGGCGAGAAGGGCACCCAGACCAAGGGCAACGUUUUCUAG